AGCUCAGCUGGCCCCUUUCUGCUCUGACUGCUGCCCAUCAGUGACCGCAUCGAGCGUCUCCGGACAGUCCGCUCUUAACCUGCUCUGCCUGGUCAUAUUUCAUACAUUUGAGCAAUAACGUCUAAAGAUACAUAGAAAGGAUCAAAACGGCAAGAUGAGCUCGCUGAAUGUGAAGAAGCUGAAAGUGAACGAGCUGAAGGACGAGCUGAAGAAGAGGAGUCUGAGUGAUAAAGGGCUGAAGGCUGAGCUGAUGGAGCGGCUGCAGGCCGCCCUGGAUCAGGACGCGCUGUCCACCAACGGAGCUGAGGGACAGUACGAGGACGGAGACCUCGAGGAAGAUCUGGCUGGAGAGAGUAUGGAGGCUGAUGAGGAGGAUGGAGAUAACGCGGAGGAUGAGGAGCAGCAGGAUGAUGACAUGGAGGAGGAGGAGGAGGACGCCGGGGUGGAUAAAUCAGAUGAAGAUGAAGAUGUCCUGCUUAAAGAAGACGAUGAGGAGAUGGAGAAAUUUGACGAGGAUGAGGUGGCUCUCGACAUGGGCCCUGGCGAGGGAGAUGCGGACAAAGACAAGAAUGGUGAACAGAAGAAUAAGAAGGGUGUAAAGAGGCGCCGAGAUGAACAUGGAAGGGGCUACUUUGAAUUUAUUGAAGAAAGCAAAUACAGCCGAGCAAAGUCUCCCCAGCCUCCACUGCAGGAAGAGGAUGAAGAGUUUGAUGACACUACUGUGUGUUUGGACACCUACAACUGUGACCUGCACUUCAAGGUGUCCCGGGAUCGGUAUAGUGCCUCCUCACUCACGAUGGAGAGCUUUGCUUACCUGUGGGCCGGGGGACGAGCGUCUUACGGUGUGGCGAAGGGCAAGGCUUGCUUCGAAAUGAAGAUUAUCGAGAAGAUUCCUGUAAAACACAUUUCCAGUAAAGGAACUGAGAUUCAUGACGUUCUGGUGGGUUGGUCACUGGCCGGUAGCUCUCUUCUGCUAGGGGAGGAAGUACACUCUUAUGGCUUUUCAUCUAAGGCCAAGAAAACCUGCAACAGUGUGGCAGAGGACUUUGGGGAGGCUUUUGAUGAGAACGAUGUUGUGGGUUGCUUUAUUAACUUUGAUGGUGAAGAAGUGGAAAUUUCCUACUCCAAGAAUGGCCAGGAUCUGGGAACAGCUUUCACAGUCAGUAAGGAUGAGUUGGAGGGAAAGCCGUUCUUCCCUCACGUCCUCUGCCACAACUGUGCGGUUGAGUUCAACUUCGGCCAGCGUGAAACCCCAUUUUUCCCCCAACCUGACGGCUUUACGCCCCUGCAGCAGAUCCCUGUGUGUGAUCGAAUCAGAGGACCGAAGGGUCCCGAGACCAAGGAAGACUGUGAGGUCAUUGUCAUGGUCGGUCUGCCUGGAUCGGGAAAAACCGAGUGGGUUACAAAGCACACCCAAGCCAAUCCUGGAAAAUACAACAUUCUUGGAACAAACACAAUCAUAGAGAAGAUGAUGAUUUCCAGUUUGAAGCGACAGAUGAAAGAUGUCACAAAGCUCUCGGCGAUAUCUCAGCGUGCUCCCCUCUUCCUCGGGAAAUUCAUCGAGAUCGCGGCACGGAAGAAACGCAACUACAUACUUGACCAGACUAAUGUAUCAGCACCAGCUCAGAGAAGGAAAAUGUGCCUGUUUGCUGGUUUCCAGCGUAAAGCAGUGGUAGUCUGUCCGACAGAUGAGGAAUAUAUACAGAGGACUCAGAAAAAGGCAGAAACAGAUGGCAAAGAUGUACCCGAACAUGCAGUCCUAAAAAUGAAGGGAAUGUACACGCUGCCUGUGGAAGGUGAGUGCUUCGGUGAAGUGCUUUAUGUCGAGCUGCAGAAGGAAGCUGCUGCCAAACUUCUUGAACAAUACAAGGAGGAGAGCAAAAACUCCCUUCCUCCUGAGAAGAAGCCCAACCAGGGAGGGGUUCAACCAAAGAGGGGAGGCACUCGGGGACGAGGAGGCAAAAAUCUGUUCAACCGUGGUGGAGGAGGACAGGGUCAGAGGGGCGGACGAGGAGGCUUUCAAAACCGAGGCAACUUUAGGGAUGUGCCUGGACCUCGUGGUGGGUUCAGCAGACCACCAAGAGGCUUUCUUCCUCCCCCUGCUUUCCGAGGAGGCUUCAACCGGGGCGGUUUCAACCGCGGCGGUAGGAUGCCUAACAGAGAUGGUGCCCCCAGGCCGGGACCUGGACGUGGCAAUAUGGUUAACAUGGGCAACAGAGGAGGAGCCAUGAACAGGGGAAACAUGGGACGAGGGGGAGGGGCCAACCGGGGCAACUUCAACCAGAAAUUCAGAGGUCGAGGAGGAAAUAAUCGAGGUUUUAAAAAUGGCAACUUUAGCAUGAACAAAGCACAAGCUUUCAACCAAAGCUGGCAACAAGGGUUCUGGAAUCAGAAACCAUGGAGUCAGCAGUACCAUCCUGGAUAUUACUGAAUCAGAGCUCUGAUGAACUGAUAUCACAUGAAGAGCAUCAGCUUUAACUUCAGAAGUCAAAUGUUCAUUUUAUCUACUGUCUUUUUGUUUUUGUACAGAUUUUAAUAGGACAUUUCAUAUUGGGAGCUUUCAGAACUCUACAGGUGACCUGUUACAGUUUUAUAAAUUAAUAUUUUAUGUUUGUCUUUGACCGCAGGUUCGUAUGACAUUGUGGUUUAAUUCAGGAACCUCAGAAUUACUUCAGGUUGGGAUGUUUGUCUUUAAAAACUUUCAGGGUUCAGAAUUUUAUUUAAUUAGACUAGUGUGAAUCUUUGUGUAGCAGUAAACCUCCAUAACAUAAAGGUUGUCAAGGCACUUUGCAGUUAUAUGAAGAAAAUCUGUCCUGCUGCAAUAAUAUUUUUAUUUAAAAGAACAUGAAACAUAUAAACUAUAAACUAAGAUGCUGAAAUUUGGAGUAAGUCUUGUAUAUAAGGUCUAGUCAGCUUUUGCAGACUGUAUAAAGAAAAUGAACAUUUCGAUGACAGUUGUGUAACAAUGUGUGUGUGUGUGUGUGUGUGUGUGUGUGUGUGUGUGUGUGUGUGUGUGUGUUUUAAAUCUAUUCAUUGGAUUGGAAUUGAACUGAAUUUAGAAAGUGUUGAUUUAAAAGCAGUCCGUUGCCUUUACAAAAAUGAAGUAGGUGCUAAACAAUCUGUAUCUGUAAAAUCUGUCCAGUGUAGAAAAGCAAUGUCUUGUUUUACAUGUUUGUUUUCAGUGUGGUUAAAUAUUUUUGAGGACAAGCAAGGCUUUAUAAAACCAUUUUCUGUAGGGAACAAUAAACAUAUUUUUUUAUUCUUUGCCACUAAAUAUAAAAGCAAAAAUAUGCUUUUAUUGUUGUGGGUUUUGGAUUUUGCUUUAAGUGCAUUUUAUUAAAAUAAAUUUAAUGUAUUAUUUUGAAAUGCGGCUUACUGCUCCUUAAUGAUUUUAACUUCGGUUGAAAAUCCUAACAUAUUAUUAUUCUUUUCUUUUCUUUUAAGUGUAUGCCUGUUUAACACAACCUUAGAUGUGACACCAAUUAUUAAAGGCCUGUAAAAAUUGGUAGACUGCUUUAAAAUUAUAGCAAUCAACUAGAAUUUUGAACUACAUCAUCUUACAUAAUAAAACAGUGAUAAUACAAUUAUUUUAUAAUAGUGCUGUCUUUAUAGUUAAGAUCUCAAAUGAUGCCAGGAUGCCAUUGUGGACUGUUAACAAUAGACUGAUUUUCUAAUGCUUUAAUGGAAAAAAGUAAUUAUUGUAACUGCAAACAAAUGCAAAUAUUAACAUGUUCAUAGGUUUCUUUCUUUUAUCUAGAAUUCCCACAAAAGAAACACUAUUGCCUAGCUAUUCAAUUUUACUAAUAGGAUGAUUACUUGUCCUUCUGUUCUUCAGUGACUGAAAUAUGCGUAUACAUUUUUAUUUAUUUAUUUUAUUUUGCAAAAAAUCUAAUGUCAGGAUUGUUAAAAUGUCCUCUAUGUUUAUGAUGCAAUGACAAAUGUGUUCAACCUAUUGUUGGCUAAAGAAAUGUCAGAUAUUCAGAACAUAUAAUGUUACUACUUUAAAAGUACUGUCUGGUCUUAACUGAAGUUUGUCUUGAUGUUAUAUUUCAGAAAUAUUCAGUUUAAAUCAUAACACUUUGUAAUGUAGAACUUUUUCCGUCUUUCUUUUUAUACCUUGCAAUGUUUUGUAUUACACCUUUAAUCAAAUGAGAAAAAGAUGAAAUUAGCAACUUAUUCCAUGCAUUCUCUUGGAAAUAAAUUGUUUUUAAAUUAUAAUAAAGUUUGAAGAUAACUGUC